AUGGCUGAAAAGUGUCAUUUGUGUCUGCUGGGACUGAUCAUUCUCUCUUCACUUCUCACAGGUACCAGUGGAGUGGAUGAGACUCAUGUGUUCAUCAGUUCUGGUGAAAAUGUCCGUCUGCUCUGUAACAAUGCUCUUCAUGACUGCAAAUCAACUACAUGGAUCUAUAACAGAUUUAGUCGUUCAGAAGCAGUUGAACUGAUUAAUUUAGGGAUGAAGAAGACAGACAUCGAGAGACAUGAGAGUCUGAGUCUGGGGUCUGACUGCUGUCUGAACAUCAAGAAUGUCACAAAAGAAGAUUAUGGAUCUUACAUCUGCCAACAAUGGACAGAUGUGAAUGGACAACACCAACAACAAGGAACUGAUGCUUAUGUUUUUUUGCAUGUUCUUCAUGUCUCUUCAUCAUCCUCACAGACUGAGAUCAGUGCAGGCCACUCUGUGACUCUCUCUUGUCAGUUAUAUUCAUAUUCAUUUGCUGGAGUCUCUUGUGAUGAUUGGAUCCGUUCUGAAAUAAUUCAGCUGUUCUGGGUGAAUCAGGCUGGUGUUAAACUGACGAGAUCAGACUCCAGAUAUCAGAUAUUAUUCUCAUCAGGACACUGUAUCAGCACUCUGAAUACAACACACCUGAAUGAAAACAGUGAGUGGAAAUGUGAAGUUACUCACAGAAAUCAACUCAAAACCUCAGGCACAUAUACUGUCAGGAUUUCAGCUCAAGCUGAUUCAGCGAUAGCUGUGAUUCCAGUCCACAAAACAAAAUCAACUCUAAAGACAGCAGCCAUUUCUCUGCUUUGCGUUCGAGGGAUGGGUAUAUCAGUAGAAGGUCCUUCCCUUUGGGCUGUCUUUGUUGCCCGCGUCUUUACGAAGGUUGUGGAGGCAGCCCUUGUUCCCAUGAGAGAACACGGCGUUCACACUGGAGGACGAGGAGCAAGUCCUGCUAGUUGCGCCUUACUGGCCCUCCCAGACCUGGUUACCGAAACUAAUGCUCCUCGCGACAGCGCCUCCCUGGUGCAUUCCUCUGAGGAAAGAUCUACUGUCUCAGAGACAGGGGUCUCUCUGGCACCCACAUCCAGAUCUGUGGAACCUCCAUGUGUGGUCCCUAGGCGCGACGCAGAGGUCCUAGAUGAUCUACCCCAGGCGUUGGUAGACACCAUCACUUUGCCAGUAAAGCCAGAGGAACUGCUUGUUGUUACGGUGUCACCCAUUCCCUUCUACGAACCGGAUACGUGCCCUUAUUCUGCUCUUCAGAACAGUUCCCCACAAGGCGAACCCUGUGGAGUUCCUCCGUCACCCUUGGCAACCAAACGUGGUGGAGCGUCCGGCGCCAGGCCUACCACUUUGAUUGUGAUUAUCGUUGAGUUUGCAGUGUUUGCAGCUCCUACUGUGAUUCUUCUUCAGAUCAUCUGUGCAAGAAGAGCUGGAAGGAAGGACUCGCAGCACCCAGAGGAAAUAGUGAUGAAUACAAUAUUAGAAUAAAAUAUUCUCUACAAAUAACAGUCCAG